UCCUUGUUUCAUAGUAUCAUAUAUACACGACAUUUUCGGACAAUUUGUUAUAUUUUAUUUCCACAUUGACAAAGUAAAGAUGUUUCAGUUAAGAAGAAUACGGAUUUUCAAACUCUUAAUACUGUGUGAAUAUUUCUGGCUUGGUGUUCUUGGAGACAAAGGUCUGAUUCUUGGAGUAUGGAACCCUGCGUCGUUUGUAACCAUAACAGAUAUACCUAAAGAUUCAGCGAAUCCCUUCCGGAAUGUUAGCUUAGAAAUUAAUCCUUCAAGCUCGCAAAUAACCAGCCUCACCGCUGAUACGAAGAAAGCAGUCGUUUUUGCAGCCAUUGGGGAGACAAUUUAUAUUUAUCACAAUUUUUCAAUUUGGCAAAAUGUUUCAGCGAAAUUUUCAGUUCAGUUUAGAGGCAAGUCAGCAGCAAUUGGACAGAUUGCAUUUGACUUUGUGUCAAAUAAUCUGUAUUGGUGUGACUCCCUACUUAACUGGAUUGCCAUGAAACCAGCUUACAAUUACAACAACACGUUCUAUAAAGUCAUAGUUCAACAAGAUUUGAAUCAACCUGAAGGACUGGCGUUAGAUCCGGUGGACAGAUUUAUGUUCUUUUCCGAUAAUGAUCCCAAUUCCCGAAUUGAAAAAGCUUCUUUGGACGGCCGAGAUAGAGUUGUGAUUAUUCACAAGGGACUUUCAAGAGUUCUCACCCUUACCGUGGACCUUGAUAAUAAAAAAUUGUAUUGGGCAGACCAUGGCAGACACACCCUGGAGGGUUGUGAUUACGACGGAGCAAAUAGGAGGGUGAUCAGGCGUAUGAACUCGGUUUCCAUAACAGGCUUAACAUACUUUCAGAAUAUGCUGGUCGCAGUAAGUGUUGGUUCAAAGGCCAUCCUAGCAGUUGAUAUUUCAUCUGGAUCUCUACUUUACUCACGAACUUUCCUAUCAGCAAAGCCGUAUGCAAUAACAGUGUAUGAUAAUGAGUCUGUACGAUCCUUUAGUAAUCCAUGUCAUUCUUUUAAUUGUGAACAUAUCUGUCUCAAUGCACGGUCGGGACCAAAGUGCCUCUGUUAUGAAGGAUUUAUAUUUGAUAGCAAUAACAUUUCAUGUAUAGAGAAGUCCUGGUUUUUUAAAAGGGGUUUUAUCGUUAGCAACGCAUCGAUUUUUGCCAUGCAUGAAGUCCACUCAGCUAGUAGCCAGUCAAAUCGAUAUAAAUACAGGCGAAUUCCUGGCAACAUUAUUGAGACAUUUGCUGUUGACGCCAUUUCUGACAUCAUCUACUUCGUAGAAAGUAGUAGUGGUUCGUUAAAGAAACACGACAUAAUUUCACGGAAAACAAGCACCAUUGCAUCUGUUUCAUCCGCCAGAGACUUAACGUUCGAUUGGAUUGCAAAACUUCUUGGAUGGAUAGAACCCACUACGUCGAGUAUUAGAUCUUUCUCAGUUAAUUCCCAAACCAGUACUAGUGCCACCAUAUAUACCAACCAGUAUCAAUCCGCUUCUCUAACCAUAGAUCCUUACAAUGGCGCCCUGUACUGGAUAACAGGGUUAUCAGAUAGGUCAAUAGUUCGUGGAUCCUGGACCAGAGAUACACCAACAGUUCUAAUAUCGGCGGCAAACCUAAACAAUCCACGUUCUUUACAAUAUGACGUUACAAGUCACAGACUCUACUGGCUAGGUCGUACGUUGAUUAAAAGCUCGAUGGCAAACGGUUCCGAUAUGAAAAGUCACAUCAUUACAAAUGGAGCUACAAGAGCAUUUGUUUAUAAGGAUUUCUUUGGAUGGAUAAAUGGAGAUAAACUCUUUUUUGGAAGAAAAACCGAUACUAGUUCAAAAUAUGAAAUUGAUAUAUUAAACAAUUUAAAAGAUGUCGCUGUGUUUGAUUCGUCUUUGGAAAUGGACGUACGAGGUACCUGCAAAAUCUUAAAUGGUGGGUGUGGAGAAUUAUGUGUUCCCGAAAAAGAUGGUCGCAGAUGUGAAUGCGAUAUUGGCCUACAGCUACAACCAGAUCAGAGUUGUGACAGUGAUGUUUUGACAGCAAAUUUCAUUAUUGCGUCCGAUUACACACAUGGACGGAUAAUUCAGGUUAAUCUUCAGACUGGAACUGUUGUAAAGUUACCUUUAUCAAUUAACAAACCAAAUGGGAUAGUGUUUGAUAAAACAACAAGGACGCUGUUUUUCUCUGAUUCGUCCAGGAAUACCAUAAUGACUACAUCGCUGCAUGGAACAAACAGAACAUUAUUCUACACAACAGGUUUUGCUUAUGCAGACCGUCUGGCCAUCGACUACUCUACGGGUAAUCUGUAUUAUACAGCUGUAGGUCCGACGACAUCUCAGAGUUAUAUUGGAGUAGUCCACAGGGCCACAUCUCUUCACAAAACGCUGAUAUCAGAUCUCCAUAGUCCAAGAGACAUCACUCUCCAUCCCUCCAAAGGAUAUCUGUUUUGGACAGAAUUUGGAAACAUAACUGAAAUAGGUAGAACUUCUAUGGACGGAACAUCCAAAAUCUAUAUUGCAACAACACAGAUUGUAUGGCCUAACGGAUUAACCAUUGAUUUUACAUCAAGCAGAUUGUAUUGGACGGAUGGGAAAAAAAAUCGCAUCGAAUCUUCUGACCUCAACGGUGGAAAUCGCCAAAUCCUAGCGUCUGAUAAUGAUGCCCAUUUAAUGAGCAUUGUGAGCCAUGGACAGUAUCUCUUCUACACGGCAUGGAAUAGACAACGCAUCACAAAAUUGGACAAAAGAACUGGGUCCAAGGUGAUUUUUAUGUCGAACCAUCCAGAACUCGGGCGACUAGACGGCCUUGAUAUUUAUGCUGAUGAAAGUCAAGACGUAAGCUCAAGUUGUUCGAGCAAAAAUGGAUUUUGCAGUACAUUCUGUUUUCCAACCCCAACCGGAAGAACUUGUGGCUGUCAAGACAACGUGAAUCUCCAAUCAGAUCAAUUAACUUGCCCAGGAGUGACUCGAUGUCCAACUUCGCUACGUAAUUUGCAUUUUCUUGACUGCCAACCGUACCCAGGUCAAUCAUGUAAUUUUGAAUGUAAAACCGGUUAUCGACUUGCAAUCAAUACUUCUGUUUCCUGUGGAUCUUUGGGACAAUGGAAUUUGCCAACAGAUACAUUAUGUGAAGUGAUUAUGUGUCCCGAGUCUCUGGACACUGCUGUGUUGUCACCAAAGUGUAGUAGAAGGAUUGGAGACUCUUGUUCCUUCUCCUGUACUAAUGGUUACCGUCCCACAACAUCUACCAAUUUGGUGUGCACAGCUGACGGGACGUGGAACCGCGAUACAAAUACACUGUGUUCACUAAUUUUGUGUCCUGAGUCUCUGAACACUGCUGUGUUGUCACCAAAGUGUAGUAGAAGGAUUGGUGACUCUUGUUCCUUCUCCUGUACAAAUGGUUAUCGUCCCACAACAUCUACCAAUUUGGUGUGCACAGCUGACGGGACGUGGAACCGCGAUACAAAUACACUGUGUUCACUGAUUAUGUGUCCCAAGUCUCUGGACACUGCUGUGUUGUCACCAAAGUGUAGUAGAAGGAUUGGUGACUCUUGUUCCUUCUCCUGUACUAAUGGUUACCGUCCCAUAACAUCUACCAAUUUGGUGUGCACAGCUGACGGGACGUGGAGCCGCGAUACAAAUACACUGUGUUCACCGAUUAUGUGUCCCGAGUCUCUGGACACUGCUGUGUUGUCACCAAAGUGUAGCAGAAGGAUUGGUGAUUCUUGUUCCUUUUCCUGUACUAAUGGUUACCGUCCCACAACAUCUACCAAUUUGGUGUGCACAGCUGACGGGACGUGGAACCGCGAUACAAAUACAUUGUGUUCACUGAUUUUGUGUCCCGAGUCUCUGGACACUGCUGUGUUGUCACCAAAGUGUAGUAGAAGUAUUGGUGACUCUUGUUUCUUCUCCUGUACUAAUGGUUACCGUCCCACAACAUCUACCAAUUUGGUGUGCACAGCUGACGGGACGUGGAACCGCAAUACAAAUACACUGUGUUCACUGAUUUUGUGUCCCGAGUCUCUUGACACUGCUGUGUUGUCACCAAAUUGUAGUAGAAGGAUUGGAGACUCUUGUUCCUUCUCUUGUACUAAUGGUUACCGUCCCAAAACAUCUUCCAAUUUGGUGUGCACAGCUGACGGGACGUGGAACCGCUAUACAAAUACACUGUGUGCACUGAUUAUGUGUCCCGAGUCUCUGGACACUGCUGUGUUGUCACCAAACUGUAGUAGAAGGAUUGGUGACUCUUGUUCCUUCUCCUGUACUAAUGGUUACCGUCCCAUAACAUCUACCAAUUUGGUGUGCACAGCUGACGGGACGUGGAGCCGCGAUACAAAUACACUGUGUUCACUGGUUUUGUGUCCCGAGUCUCUAAACACUGCUGUGUUGUCACCAAAGUGUAGUAGAAGGAUUGGAGACUCUUGUUCCUUCUCUUGUACUAAUGGUUACCGUCCCACAACAUCUUCCAAUUUGGUGUGCACAGCUGACGGGACGUGGAACCGUGAUACAAAUACACUGUGUUCACUGAUUAUGUGUCCCGAGUCUCUGGACACUGCUGUGUUGUCACCAAAGUGUAGUAGAAGGAUUGGUGACUCUUGUUCCUUCUCCUGUACUAAUGGUUACCGUACAACAACAUCUACCAAUUUGGUGUGCACAGCUGACGGGACGUGGAACCGCGAUACAAAUACACUGUGUUCACUGGUUUUGUGUCCCGAGUCUCUAAACACUGCUGUGUUGUCACCAAAGUGUAGUAGAAGGAUUGGUGACUCUUGUUCCUACUCUUGUACUAAUGGUUACCGUCCCACAACAUCUACCAAUUUGGUGUGCACAGCUGACGGGAUGUGGAACCGCGAUACAAAUACACUGUGUUCACUGAUUUUGUGUCCCGAGUCUCUGGACACUGCUGUUUUGUCACCAAACUGUAGUACAAGGAUUGGUGACUCUUGUUCCUUCUCUUGUACAAAUGGUUACCGUCCAACAACAUCUACCAAUUUGGUGUGCACAGCUGACGGGACGUGGAACCUCGAUACAAAUACACUGUGUUCACUGAUUAUCUGUCCCGAGUCUCUGGACACUGCUGUGUUGUCACCAAAGUGUAUUAGAAGGAUUGGUGACUCUUGUUCCUUCUCCUGUACUAAUGGUUACCGUCCAACAUCAUAUACCAAUUUGGUGUGCACAGCUGACGGAACGUGGAACCGCGAUACAAAUACACUGUGUUCACUGAUUAUGUGUCCCGAAUCUCUGGACACUGCUGUGUUGUCACCAAAGUGUAGUAGAAGGAUUGGUGACUCUUGUUCCUUCUCCUGUACUAAUGGUUACCGUACAACAACAUCUACCGAUUUGAUGUGCACAGCUGACGGGACGUGGAACCGCGAUACAAAUACACUGUGUUCACUGAUUAUGUGUCCCGAGUCUCUGGACACUGCUGUGUUGUCACCAAAGUGUAGUAGAAGGAUUGGUGAAUCUUGUUCCUUCUCCUGUACUCUUGGUUACCGUCCCACAACAUCUACCAAUUUGAUGUGCACAGCUGACGGGACGUGGAACCGCGAUACAAAUACACUGUGUUCACAGGGAAAUCCUACUCCAGAAAAACACAAGAUGGAUAUUAAUUAUCUAUACCUGGGGUUAGCAUCAGCUGGUGCGGUCGUCGUAGUACUGGGCAUCGUUGGAAUCAUCUGUCUGCUGAAAAAACGAAACAAUAUACAUCGUGGGCGGUAUAAAAGGACGUCAUCAAGCACACAACACAACGCACUUUUGACGUUUGAGAACCGAGGAUUUCAACGAGCCGGGGAUGAAUACGUUACAAUCAACUCCAUGUAUGAUGCAGGGAAUGGUGAUUACGAUGAGCCCAACAACGCCUUGGCUGAUAUGGCCAAAAUCAUCCCCAAUCGUUACCUAACUAAAGCCCAUUGUCGCACUAGCCACUCUAGCCAAGCGUGGCGGGUCAAAUCAAAGUACAGCACAGUGCAUCUCAUAACUCGGGGUUUCCUUUCUUUAAAUUUCUUAAGGUUUAGAUUCCUGACUGUAAGAAACAAAAUGAUAUACUCAAUGCCGAUAUUUGGAAUUAUGCUUUUAUUACAACAUUUUUCUUUUGGUCUUUCAAACGAGAAAGGUAUCAUUCUAGGAAUGUACAACCGUGCUGCAAUUAAAACAUAUCCAGAAAUUCCUGAUGAGUCUACAGAUUUCCUCAAUGCUCUUAAUUUAUUAAUAAAACCACCAGAAGCACUAAUCACGAGUAUUGCAUCCGAUCCAAGGUUAUCGGUUAUUUUCACAGCCAUAAAUGAUGGCAUUUACACCAUUUUUGAUUUUUCUAUUUGGCUAAAUACUAGUAGUUCUACCGAGUUAUUUCUUUCGUACAAAGGAAGAUACGCAGCAAUUGAACAAAUAGCCUAUGACUUUAUCACGGGUAAUUUGUAUUGGUGCGAUUCCAUGUACGACUGGAUCGCUAUGAAACCAAUAUUUACCACCAAGAAGGAGAUCUAUAACGUUGUUAUUCGCACAGAUUUGGAUCACCCCGAAGGACUGGCUUUGGAUCCCGGAGAUAGAGUGAUGUUCUUUUCCGAUUAUGGUCAAAAUUCGCGAAUUGAGAGGGCCUCCUUAGACGGACAGGACAGAGUGGUCAUUGUAUAUAGAGGCAUAUUAAGGGUUGUCUCCCUUACCGUGGAUACUGACAACGACAAGCUGUACUGGGCAGAUCACAACAGACAGACAUUGGAGGGAUGUGAUUACGACGGGUCCAACAGGAGAGUCAUCAGACGUAUGAAUACGGUGUCAAUGACAGGCGUAGCGUACCACCAGAGCAUGCUGCAUUUAGUCAGCUUUGGUGCUAAGAAAAUCUACAAAGUUGAUCUAACAUCCGAAUCUUUGUUGUACGAAGAAAAGAUUUUCACAGGGGAACCGUAUACGAUUCAUGCAUAUGAUGCUGAGACCAUAAAAUCGGAACAUGAUCCUUGUUUAACCUUGGAUUGUCAUCACAUGUGUGUUAACACAAAAGCAGGACCCAAAUGUCUCUGUUCCGAUGGGUUUGAACUGAAUUCCGACGGUUCAACUUGCACAGAUAGAUCGUAUAUUGUGGAUGGGAUGUUUAUUGUAAGCAACGCCUCCAUGUUUGCUGUGCACAGAUUACACUCUGUCGAUGGUCAAAGAAGCGUAUUACAUUCAGUUCAACUUCCGGUCACUAAUAUUGAAACAUUUGCUGUGGAUACAAAGACAAAAACCAUCUACUUUGUGGAUAGCGGGAGCAGAUCCUUAAAGAAACACGACAUUAUAUCAUUAAGAACUAAAACUUUAACUUCAGUUUCAUCAGCCACAGUAAAAGAUUUGAGUUUAGACUGGAUUGCAAAUAUUCUUGGGUGGAUAGAACCUACCUUGUCUAGUAUACGUUCCUUCUCAAUCAUUGUCCAAACCAGUGCUACAAUAUACACUGAUCUGCAACAACCUGCGUCUCUAACCAUAGAUCCCUACAAUGGCAUUCUAUACUGGAUUUCGGGGACUUCAGUUCGAACAAUAAUGCAGGGAUCGUGGACAAGAGAUAUACCAAAAGUUUUGAUAACAGCCGCAAACCUACAUAAUCCAACUUCUCUACAGUAUGACGUUAGAACAAACAGACUGUACUGGCUGGAUCGGUCGGUAAUUAAAAGUUCAAAGACAAAUGGAAUGGAUAUCGAAAGCCAUAUCGUAACCAAAGGCGCUAUCAAAACUGUUGUUUAUAAGGACUUUUUUGGUUGGAUCGACAAAAAUAAAUUUUAUUCUGCAAGGCACAUAUCUAAAGCGGCAGAAAAUGUAUUGAACACAGUUCAUAAUGCAAAUGAUAUUUCUGUGUUUGAUUCCACUUUACAACAAGAUAAACAUGAUAACUGUCAUGUUCAAAACGGUGAAUGUGAAGACAUAUGUGUUCCAGAGGAAAAUGGCCGCAUAUGUAAAUGCGAUAUCGGUCUACAACUUCAAUCAGACCAGAGUUGUAAUAGCGAUGUGCUUCUUUCGAAUUUCAUCGUGGUCACUGAUUAUACCCAUGGAAGAAUUAUGCAGAUUUGUCUUCAGACUGGAACUAUUGUAAAAUUACCAAUAAAAACAAAAGAAGUUCACGCAUUAGCGUUUGACAAAUCAACAAAGAUGCUUUUUUAUUCCGAACUCUCAACAAACAGUAUCUCUUAUACAACACUACAUGGAAAAAAUACAACAGUGUUAUAUACAACAGGUUUAGCUUUUGCUGAGGAUCUGGCCAUCGACUACUCAACGGGUAAUCUAUAUUAUACGGCUGAGGGUCCCACGACUUUUCAGAGAUACAUUGGAGUGGUUCAGAGAUCCACAUCAUUCCACAAAACUCUUAUAAACUACCUCUACAAACCAAGAGGCAUUGCUCUUCAUUCAGCCAAAGGAUAUAUGUUUUGGACGGAAUUUGGCGACAAUACUCAAAUUUGCAGAGCAAGUAUGGAUGGGACAUCGAAAAGAUCAAUCGCAACCACAGCAUUAGUAAUGGCGAAUGGCAUAACAAUUGAUUUUACAACCGAUCGGUUGUAUUGGAUGGAUGGGUAUCUUAAUCGCAUCUACUCAUCCGAUCUGAAUGGUGGGGAUUAUAGGGUUUUGGCGACAGAUAGCGAUGCUUUUUUAAUGAGUAUUGUUACCCAAGAAAAAUACCUCUACUACACGGCAUGGAAUCGACAACGAAUUACCAAAAUGGACAAAUUAACGGGGUCAAAGGUUUCUUUCAUGUUGGAGUAUCCAGAGCUUGGGCGAUUAGAUAAUUUAGAUGUUUACACUGACGAGAUUCCUGAUGUUAGAUCCAGUUGUUCGAACCUAAAUGGUUUGUGUAGUACGUUUUGUUUUCCAACUCCAAACGGGAGGACAUGUGGAUGCCAAGACAAUGUUAAGCUUCAAUCAGACCAAUUAACCUGUGAAGGAGUUUCUAGAUGUCAGACAUUGCAUCAUUCUGUGAAUUUCAUCGACUGCCGACCGUAUCCUGGUCUGACUUGUAACUUUGAAUGCAAAGCAGGUUAUCAAAUUGCUAGGACCGCCAUUGCUACUUGUAGUUCUACAGGGAUAUGGGUUCCAUCAAUAGAUACAUUGUGCAAAGAGACAUUGUGCCCACUUCACUUUGGCAACGCUGUAUUGUCCCCAAACUGUAAUAGAAAAAUUGGAGAUAGCUGUUCCUUCUACUGUCUGAAUGGUUACCUGCCCACUUCAUCAACCACCUUGGUGUGCACAGCGGAAGGAAAGUGGAAUACUGAUACAGAUACACUAUGUUUACCAAUAGUAUGUCCACUGUCACUGGGUAAUGCUGUUUUAUCAUCAAGCUGUAGUAGAAGGGCCGGGGACUCGUGUACUUUUUCCUGCUCUGACGGUUACAUUCCAACAACAUCAGAGAGAUUGAUGUGUACCUCUGACGGGACGUGGAACCUUGACACUGAUACUUUAUGUACACCAAAGCUAUGCCCAUCAACAAUAGAAAAUGGACAUUUAGCUGAAAAUUGUGAAAGACAUAUUGGUAAUAUCUGUUCAUUUACCUGUAAUGAAAAAUACAUAUCAGCCAUUGAUCGUCAGAACAUCAUAUGCACUACUGGAGGAAUAUGGAGUGCAGACACUACGCAAUUGUGCCUUCCAAUUAAAUGCCCCUUGGACGUAACCAACGGACAUGUAUCGUCGUCUUGCCGGGGUAUGAUCGGAGAGAAUUGUGACGUAUCCUGUGGGGAUGACGCCUCAAUGAACAUCGCUCACAUAAUAUGUCUGUCUUCGGGUGCCUGGGAUAAAGAUCCUGCUGUUAUAUGUCGACUGCAUCAUGAGUCUGAGAAAAGCUUGAGCUAUCACGAAAUUGGGUUGUGUGUAUUAUGUGUCAUUGUUUUCACUGUUGUAAUAGCAACGUCUGUCACCUGCUGGUAUUCCAGGAAAGGCAACGCAAAGAAGAAUGAUUAAUAACAAUUGUAUUUUUUUUAAAUUGUAUCCUAGUGUGUCAAAUACUUUAUGUGUAUUUUAUUUUUAGAAAAACAAAAAGUGCUAUUUUAUUUUUAAUUCUUACAGUUUUUGAUACACUAUGUUUUAGAAUCACUAUCAGCUAUUGAAAAACUUUU